CCUCCGCUAUGACAGAUCGCGUGAGGCAUCGGGUAGGAUCCACGCUGAAUUUCAAUCGUACUAUAACCCUUUUUAUGGAUUUAUACCUGUGCAACUAUACUUUUUCUUUUAGGACCAUGGUUUCUGUUUCAUGUCGAACCGUUAAGGCACCUAAUAGGCACUUCAUUUAGGGUUCCUUUGUUUCCGCUGUACUUGGGGAAACAUUCAAUGACAUUUGAUUUGUAAAUUAUACAUCAGUCCGAACACGGACCUCCAAUGUUUUUGUUUUUAAACAAUCGCACCUUACCGGAGGAUGCCGUUUCCAACGCAAACGACGUCUAGCCUACUACAUUUAGGCUUCAUGAAUAUGUGACCAUUGACUCGAAGAUGACCCUGAGGAGGCUGUUUCAUGCUUUGCCUGUCGUUGCUUUGACUCUUUUCGUCCUGGUUUUGCUGAAUUUGCAACUGCGCACCCGGAGUGACCUGCAGCCUGGCGCGCAUCUUGCGCACGGACUGGUGCGGAGUCAGGCGAACUCUGGUUGGAGGACCGCAGGCAAAAAGUAUGCUGAUGAUGCAGUCUCAGACGAACACAAGCCGACAGCUCAAAGUUGGAAAGAGACUAACCCAAAAUCACUUCUGGAGAUCAGCGAUAUCUUCAUUGGUGUGAAAACCACUGGCAGGUUCCACAAAACACGCCUUGCUCUGCUGUUGGAGACCUGGAUCUCCAGAACUAAAGACCAUACGUUCAUCUUUACGGACAGCUCAGAUGAAGACAUUUCACGUGAAGGAUUCAAUGUCGUGGUCACCAACUGCCCACCAGAACACAGCCAUCAAGCUCUGUCCUGCAAAAUGGCCGCCGAAUACCACCAUUUCAUGGCCUCUGGAAAAAAGUGGUUUUGUCAUGUUGAUGAUGAUAACUACCUGAACCCUGGAGCUCUCCUGUCUUUCCUCUCUGGCUUCUCGGUGGAAAGCGAAAUCUACGUGGGCAAGCCAAGUCUGGAUCGACCAAUGAGAGCUCACGAGCUUAUGAAAGGAAAUAAGACGAGGGAAGUCCGUUUCUGGUUCGCUACAGGAGGGGCCGGAUUCUGUCUGAGCAGGAAGUUGGCUGAGAGGAUGGCACCCUGGGCAAGUGGUCCUAGGUUUGAGCAGACCUCUGAAGUUAUAAUGCUUCCUGAUGAUUGUACGGUGGGCUUCAUAGUUGAGAUACGUCUGGGCAUCUCUAUGGUCCAUAGCAACAUGUUUCACUCCCACCUGGAAAACCUCCUUCGUCUUACCCCCAGUGAUAUCCCCAAACAGGUCACUUUAGGUUAUGGAUGGUUUGAGAAUAAAUUGAACAGCGUGGAACUCAAAGGAGUUUUUACCGAAGAUGAAGAUCCGUCCAGGUUCAGGACAGUCCACUGUCUUCUGUACCCUACAACAAGCUGGUGCCCGGUUGCUCAUAACAAGAAGCUGUCAUGGAAUCAACAAAUCCUUGCAUGAUGCAAUCCCUACCCUGGUGGGAAAAUCUCUUUGUUCUGUUGAACACAAAAGAAGAUAUUUUGAAGAAUGUAGGAAAGCAACAGACCUGGGGCACCAUUGACUAACAUUGUCAUUAUUCCAAUGGUAGUCAAAGGUGGCCAAGAAACGUUUGGUUUCAAGCAUUCUUCUAAAUAUCUUUCUUUGAGUUCAUCAGAACAAAUACACAUUUGGAGAAAUGGGUGAGGAAACAGAAUUUCAUUUUUGGGUGAACUGGUCCUUUAACAGAAGAGCUGCUUCACAGAAGUACAGACUAAAUAUCAACUCAAGAGCUCAACUUUUUCCUUUAUUGUGGCCCAAAGGAAAAGCGCAGUGAAUUUAUCUGUUCAUAAUAUCAGUUUAUGUAUUCUGCUGUAAUGGUCGUGUGUGUCUGUGCUUCAGACCGAAAGCUUGUUUAAAGUCCUGCACAGUGAUGAAAUUGUCCCAUCGGGUGGCCUGGGGGGAAACGUCGAAACCUCAAUUUUAACUGAGCCAGUAUUGUGUUUGGAAUGAAUAUUGGACCAUAUUUUCAUAGUAUUUCAACUGUUUGACACUUUAAGUGUAACUUCUGUUUACAAAUCGCACAUUAUGAGGAUUCGAUUCCUAGAUAGUUCAUACAGUUAGUUAUUAAAUAUGUUGUGUAUCAUGUGUGUCAAUGCACUAUAUACAUUUUAAAGCAAACUGAAAUAUUAUUGUGGUAAAUUCAAUACCAACGGCAAUUAAGUUUGCCAUUCCAAUGUGAUCAAAUGAAUGAUUUUAGCUUUUUUAUUUUAGCAGCGGUUUAAGAAGCGUGAUAAAUCGUGAUAAAAAGUGACAAUGUACACAAUGUUUUGAGGAACAAAAAAUGGUUGUUUGUGUUAUGUUUCUUUAGUAUAGAUGUUUGUGAAAUAUGAUAUUUUUUAUUUGAAUAAUCAACAUUUCAAAUCAAAUUGAUUUUUAUUUUAUUUUUUUAAUACUAUACUGUAUUAUUCUACUUGCACUGUACAUUACUGUUGUAAUAUAUUUUCAUCGUAGCAUAUGUCUACCACGCUAGAGACUUAUCCUGUUUGUUGAAUAAAGACUAUUUUCUA